AGGGGCCGCAGGGCUUCCUGGGAGCCGACCGGCGUCCGAGGUUCCCGCCGCCCAAGGUCCACGCGGCACUGAGUGUUUGGGAUCCUGCCACGGCCCGGGCCGUCGCGCGCAGCGGGAAUUCGGGGUCUGCGGAAGGGCUCUUCCUCUAAUUCUACGCUCCAAGGAUAAAAGCCUCCAACAGACACCACCCUGCCUUCCCUUGGUGCCGCCGCCCUAGUGCCCUCGAUUCGGUCUCAUGUCAGAGCUGAAGCUCGCUGUGCCCUGGGGCCACAUUGCCGCCAAAAUCUGGGGCCCCCAGCAGGGCUCCCCAGUUCUCUGCCUUCACGGCUGGCUGGACAAUGCUAACUCCUUCGACAGGCUCAUCCCUCUUCUCCCGAAAGACUUUCACUACGUGGCCAUGGAUUUUGGGGGUCAUGGGCUCUCGUCCCAUUAUAGCCCAGGUUUCCCGUAUUACCACCAAAACUUUGUGACUGAGGUCCGAAGGGUCGUGGCAGCCCUGAAAUGGAACCGUUUUUCCCUCCUGGGCCACAGUUUUGGUGGCACUGUGGGUGGAAUGUUUUCCUGUAUCUUCCCCGAGAUGGUGGAUAAACUUAUCUUGCUGGACUCCUCACCAUUUGUCCUGGACACUAAUGAAGUAGAGAGCAUGCUGAGCUACAAGCGGAGAGCCAUAGAACACACGCUGCAGCUGGAGGCCUCCAACAAGCCGUCGAAAGUGGUCAGCCCGCAGGAGAUGCUGCAGGGGCUGCUGAAGAACAACAGUCACGUGGGAGAGGAGUGUGGGGCGCUCCUCCUGCAGAGAGGAACCACGCCGGUGGCCGCAGGCCUGGUGAUGAACAGAGACCGGAGGAUCUCUUGGCCGGAGCAGAGCUUCGAGUUCAUCAGCAGGGAGCUGUUUGUACACGCCAUCAAGCAGCUGCAGGCCCGCGUCCUGCUCAUCAAAGCAGCGCAAGGAUUUUAUAACGUGAGGAGGGAGAACGACGCUGACAAGGAGCCCAUGCAGUUCGUGACCAGCACACUGAGAUCUAUUCUCCAAGAGCGGUUCCAGUACGUGGAAGUCCCAGGCAAUCACUACGUGCAUCUGAACCAGCCCCAGCACGUGGCCGGUGUCAUCAGCUCCUUUUUACAGAGCAAGGCGAUCCCCGCCCAGCUGUAGCCAUGGCCUGCGGCUGAAGACCUGCCGCUUGGCACCGGACUCCCAGCUGGCAAGCCCAGGCCAGGCGUGGUCAGCGGAGGAUCCUGCAGCAGUUGAGGGGGCGGGGGUGGGGUAAAGGGAACAGGACAAGAUUCUGACCUUAACAUCUGACCUCAAGACAGUGUCUGGAUCGGGGGCAUUAUCUGUUCAGUGAGUGGGUGGGGGGGGUCAGACCCACCAACUUUUGUAGCCUUUUCUUGGUGCCCAACUGGAUGAAAAAUACAAUGUUCCCUUAUC